CAGGACCAGCACACGGCCGAAUCUCUGGAGAUGCUCUUACUGCGGCGGGGAGCACCCCCUGGAUCGAUCCGAUACUCCCUCCAGCCCAAUUAGCCGUUGUACCUUUUGGCCAACUGAGUACGAUACAGACUUGAGGCGAGCGUAUUCCGUGCGUCAAAAUCAUGUACAUGUUGCAGUCAAGCUUAGUCGACUUUCUUGCCUCGAGAUCAAGGAUCAGGAAUAUCUUAAAGAUAUCAUGGCGACCUACCACAAGUGCAGACCUUUUCCGAACCAUGUUAUUGUGCGGUAUCGAGCCCAACCCGGAGUCAUCCAUCAAAGCUUCUACCUUCACGAGGAGUGGGGAUUCCCUCGCCCGCCGAGGGCACGAGAUAGAACCGACGGGUCUAUCCGCCAGGCACUGUUCCACUGUCUUGAUGAUCGCCAAAGCUACAUCAAAGUUUGCAUUCAUCUAUGGAUGAUGGAAGGCUUGACAAGAUCACGCUUUGUCGGCAGAGGCGUUCGUGACACGCGUCUGGAGGAGAAUCUUGCCAGAGCUCUUGAUUCCGUGUCAGGGCAGUGCAUCAACUUCUCCUGCUCACGGUGCCAGACAGAUUGUGAAAUACGAAUGAUGGACAGUCACAUCUUCCCACUUACCAUCCGAAUCUGGAAGAACUUUGGGCGCGGAGAGUCACCGGGGGAUCCUGUCUGGAUGGCUCAACAUCCCUCUUACCUCAAGCGGAGGAGCUUUACCGGUGCAACUGAGCUCUACCACUACCAAGCUCAUCGGCCUGGAAGUAUUCAAAAGGAAUGGUCUCAGCACAUGCCGUUGUUAGAACGGCCAGGGCGUAGUACUGCGUCAAAAACCCGUCCCUCAGUGGAAAAGUGAAGAUUCUGGUUACGAAGCUCCGGACUAGAUGCCGGUAUGUGCUUCGUCGGAUGCAAUUAGAUAUCCGAGAGCUACCAUACAAUAUUCGGUCCACCCUGUCAUACAGACCAACCCGGCCUUGCAGGGAUGAUCAGGAAGUU